AUGGCUUCUUCUUCCGAUACUAGAGUAUCAGAUACAUUGGACCCCCUGGCGAUCAUAUCGGACGGUGAGAUACUAUCCGAGGGAGAGGUUUACACGUCGGAUACCACGAGCACGGAUGAUGAUGAUUUUCCGCCUUUCGCUCUGCCCGACUUCGGGGUUGAGGUUCAGCCCGCUGAUGGCAUUCUAGCUGGGGAUCUACCUCUUAUUGAGAUCCCUUCUCCUGUUCCACUUGCUGCAUUCCCCGUAGAGGAUUUGCCACUCGAUGUUGUGUCUGAUGACGACGUUGAUCUUUUCGUUGAGGGUCCCCUUGAGGACGACCAUGAGGGUGGGGCCCCGAUCGCUGAUGAUGUCGUCAUUCCUAUUGCUGAGGCUCCUGUGGAGGAGGCUCCUUCUGAUUCACCUGGUCCAGACUCGUUUGAGUCUGUGGCAUCCGCUUCCUUGCACGACCGGGGCAUGCAGCACUACUCUCCGGGCGCUGACUCAGACAUAGCAAUGUCAGCUGCACCUGGUUCACCCCACGAGUUUGAGUUUGAUCAUGAGUUUGAGGACAAGUUUGAUCCAGUUUUUCCCCAUGAUUUUGAUCCCGAUCACGAGAUCGAGUUUAUUCCUGUUGACCAGCCCUUGGAGGCACCAGUGGCUCCUAUUGAUCAGUUUCUUGAUAUACUUGCCGACUUUGAUAUAGAUUUUGUCGACCCUGAGCCUGUCGUGGCACCAGAGCCUGUUAUUGCUCCUGAUCUUGUACCGGUGCACGACCCUGUUCUUGUGGAUGCACCAGCCCUUGCACCACCUAUUGUUGAUAUUCCCAUUGUUGCGCCACCAGUGGCGGAUGUUCCUAUUGCUGAUGCACCCGUUCUUGCACCACCUGUUGUCGACCAUGCACUAUUUGCCACACAUGUCGACCCUCGAUACGCCGACACCCACAACGGGUGGAUCGACGAUCAUGAUUAUCCCCCAUUCGUGUUACCAGUCACUCCUCCUGUAGCACCUGUUUCCGCACCUAUUGAUGUUCCGUUUUUCCACCCACAUAUCACUGAUGCCCAACGCUCCGACUUUCGUAUCACAUUCCUCCAGGACAUUCCUCCACCUCGUCCUGGGGAGGGUUCGUCGAUGCAGCAGCCUGCUUUUGUUCCACCUGUAUCGUCAUCUGUUCCGUUCAUGUCCCAGUUCCCUCACACUACACCAUCUUUUGUACCUUCAGGCGAGCCGUUUCUGUGGUCUUCGCCCAAUGUUAUGCCGUUAUCAGACCCGUAUCACCCGUUCCAUGUUGGAUACACUACAGAGGACAUACUUACAUCCCUGCAGAUGCAGUAG